AUGGCGGACGCACAGUGCCAAACAAUAAGUGUUAAAGUAAGGGCGCGCUCGUGCUUGAAGAUGGCAAGACAUUACCAAAGAAAAACAGAGACUAAAUAUAAAUUAGUGGACUUGGAAAAAGCCGUUGAGGCUGUCAAAAAUAAAACACUUUCAUUAGGAAAGGCAGCUAUUACUUAUUCUGUACCAAAAAGCACUAUACAUGACUAUCUCAAGAAAAAAACUAUAAAGACUCCAAAAGCUGGAAGAAAGGCUAUAUUUUCUCAAGAACAAGAAGUAGAACUAGAGGACCAUAUUUUAAAAUGCUGGAAGGAAUGGUUUUAUGGGUUCAAGAAAAGGCAUCCUAAUAUUUCACUUCGUAAACCUGAGUCUACUUCUAUUAACAGUAUUACAGCUUUUAACGAAACGGAAGUGAAAAUGUUUUUUAAUAACUUGGAAUCACUGCAAAUAAAAUAUCAGUUUGAUGCUAAUCGCAUAUACAAUGUUGAUGAAACCGGCAUUUCUAAUGUGCAGAGAAAUUCCAGAAUACUAGCUCCAAAAGGCCAGAAGCAAGUCGGUAUGAUAACUAGUGGUGAAAGGGGAACUACAACAACAGUUGUUUGCGCAUUCAGUACCUCAGGGAAUUAUAUUCCUCAGUUUUUCAUUUUUAAGAGGAAAAGAAUGAAUGCUCAAUUGUUGCGUGGAAGCAAUUCUGAUAUGAUAGCAGCAGUUAGCGAUUCGGGUUGGAUAAACGAAAACCUAUUUGUAGAUUGGUUACAUCAUUUUAUCUCGUAUGCAAAACCAUCUGUUGGAAAACCAAUUUUACUUGUUUUGGAUAACCACGAAAGCCACGUUAGCCUUGGUUGCUAUUUGCUUUGUCGCCAGAAUGGAAUAGUACUGUUAUCUCUUCCACCGCAUACAUCACAUCGAAUGCAACCUUUAGAUUUAACAUAUUUUGGACCCCUCAAGACUGCAUAUAACCGCGAAUGUGACUUAUACAUGGCUUCCAACGUAGGCCAAAGAAUUACUCAGUACGAAGUCGUCGAACUUUUCACUAAAGCUUUCAAUCGAAUCAGCAAUAUUGAGAAAGCAGCAAGUGGAUUCCGGUCAGCUGGUAUUUGGCCAUUAGAUACGACAAAAUUUGAUGAACAGUUCUUAGAAGCGACAUUACCUGAUACUCAAUCAAUACCCUUGUCAAAUAUUCAAACACCAGCAACUCAGGCAGCACAAGCAUCAAAGGAGAAAGGACCUAUAACUCCUGAUGCACAGAUGAUAAAGCCAAUCAACCAAACAGCUCAGUUGGACGAAUCAAUUCCACUUCAGGAAAUUGUUAAUGUUCCCCAAAUAUCACAACCCGAAACAAAACAAACUUCUAAAAAGAGGCAUUCCAUAAUAACCAGCACCCCCAUGAAAGAUGGUCAAGAAGAGUAUUACUGUCUGAUUUGUAACGAAAAAUAUGCACAACCAAUCACCGAAGAUUGGAUAAUGUGUUACAAAUGUAGAUUAUGGGCCCAUGAGAAGUGCACGAUUGGGGAAAGGACUUCAAAGGACUUUUUAUGUGAUUUUUGUGCUAAGUGUUCGCAAUUACCCCACUCUCCCCUACAAACGAUGACAUUCGACUUUCGUCCACAUAUCGACGAUGUAUUGCUGAGACAAACUCCCCAUACUCAGACAUGGAUUUAA